AUGGCCGAGCCGCCUGGACCGGCCCCGACCGCGGAGGCGCCGCCGCCCCAGCGGGAAGCGCUCACCUCGGAGCCCGGCCCGGACAGCAGAGCUGGUCGCCUCUCUUUCUGUACGAAGGUGUGCUAUGGCAUUGGUGGGGUCCCCAACCAGGUGGCUUCCAGUGCCACAGCCUUUUACCUACAGCUCUUCCUGCUUGAUGUGGCACAGAUCCCUGCUGCCCAGGUGUCAUUUGUCCUGUUUGGAGGGAAAGUGUCUGGGGCAGCUGCCGACCCAGUGGCUGGGUUCCUCAUCAACAGGAGCAGGAGGUCCAUGUCAGGACGACUCAUGCCCUGGGUGCUGGGCUGCACCCCCUUUGUCGCCUUGGCCUACUUCUUCCUGUGGUUCCUGCCCCCGUUCACCAGCCUGCGCGGGCUCUGGUACACAAUCUUCUACUGCCUGUUCCAGGCCCUGGCCACGUUCUUCCAGGUGCCCUACACGGCGCUCACCAUGCUCCUGACGUCCAGCCCGAGGGAGCGGGACUCGGCCACCGCCUACCGGAUGACCCUGGAGAUGGCGGGGACGCUGAUGGGGGCCACCGUGCACGGGCUCAUCGUGUCGGGGGCCCACGGGCCCCACAGCUGCGAGGACGCUGUGCUCCCCGGGCCGGCCGCCGUCUCCCCUGACGCCGCUUGUCUCUACUCCAUUGCAGCCGCCGUGGUGGUCGUGAUUUACCCCGUGUGCAGUGGUCUGCUCUGCCUAGGGGUGAAGGAGCGGCCAGACGCUGCUGACCCAGCCUCAGGCCAAGGCCUGAGCUUCCUGGCUGGGCUGGGGCUCACCGCCUGCCACCCACCCUUCCUGAAGCUGGUGCUCUCCUUCCUGUUCAUCUCAGCUGCCGUUCAGGUGGAGCAGAACUACCUGGUCCUCUUCUGUACGCACGCCUCCCGGCUGCAUGACCACGUCCAGAGCCUGGUGCUCACCAUCCUGGUCUCGGCCGUGCUGAGCACCCCGCUGUGGGAGUGGGUGCUCCAACGGUUUGGGAAGAGGACCACGGCCUUCGGGAUCUGUAUGAUGGUGCCUUUUGCAAUCUUGCUGGCUGCUGUGCCCACAGCCCCUGUGGCAUAUGUCGUGGCCUUUGUAUCUGGCGUGAGCAUUGCUGUGUCCUUGCUGCUACCCUGGUCCAUGCUGCCCGACGUGGUGGAUGACUUUCAGCUGCAGCACCAGCACGGGCCAGGCGUGGAGACCAUCUUCUAUUCCUCCUACGUCUUCUUCACGAAGCUGUCAGGCGCAGGCGCCCUGGGCAUCUCCACCCUCAGUCUGGAGUUCGCGGGGUAUAAGGCAGGAGCCUGCCAGCAGGCGGAGGAGGUGGUGGUUACCCUCAAGGUCCUCAUCGGUGCUGUGCCCACCUGCAUGAUCCUCGCCGGGCUGUGCAUCCUCAUGGCCGGCCCCACUCCAAAGGGACCAAGCCAGGACACCUCCCGCCAGCCGAGCCUUAGGAGGAGGACCAGCUACAGCCUCGCCUGAAGUCUGAGAAGGCUGCUGUGAGCGGAAGCAGCAGGAGCCAGCGUCCUCUGGGCCUGACGUCAGUCGUCAGUCGCUUCCUCUCAGCACCUGAGCACCCGCCACGGCAGUUUCACACACGGCCUUUUCUCCUGGGGUGUGGGGUCUUCAGUGAUGCCUCCUGAAGGGACUGGCCUGUGCCCCGGGACCCCCAUCCCGCAUCCCUUGCCUGUUGACCUCAGGCCAGCUCGGAUAGGCCCGUGCCCCUGACUAGCCCAGCAGCACCUCCUUCUGGAAAAAGGCAGCCCCUCCCCAGCCUGGCUCUCAGACCCCUGUGGGAGCCCCAGACCCCAUAACCUGUGUAGAUAGCAAAGCUCUCCUGACAUAAGGACAGACACACAGGCCCCUUGUUUGUCCUGAGGCCUCGUGGACAUCUGCUGAAGACAGAGAGGCUGAGAGACCCCACACGAAUGGGCAGAGUGAGGACACAGGGACAUGCCGGGAUGUACAGUUAGAAAGACACAGGCAGAACCGUGAGGCCAACACACCCAGGGAGAAGGAGGACUGAGCAGAGCCGGGCCCCGUUCAUGCUCGGUGAUGCCACUCAGCUUCUGUCAGUGGACAGAGACUGAGAUUGGGCCACCCAGGGUCAAUCACUUUUGCAAAUAAUUAUUUGUGUGGAAAUACUUUUCUUAGAUUUCAUCUUAUGAAAGCACACAGGAACUACAGUUUUCUAGAGGCCAUAUUUUUAGGGAAGGAAGAUCCACUGAAGGUUAUUAGUCUGUGAAAUGUGACCGUGGACAGCACUCUCAUCCCAACUCCUGGAAUCCCCUCGGGAGGGAAAGGGGAGGGAGCCCAAUGUCACUGGAGCUGACCAUGCCCCCCAGCCAUAUGCCCCUAGCAUGCAUUUCCUUAGACCAGGACACGGUGUGGGAGGCAGGUUCCUUCUUCCCUUUGGAAGAGACACAAAGUUGAGACUCCAGAGUGGCCCAAGGCAGCAGGCUGUCGUGGGUCAUGUGGCUUGGGGUCUGGGGAGGGGUUGGGGAACCUGUGGGGGAACCCUGAUGCCCCAGAAACUCCUGCCUAGAGAAGCCCACACCUACACAGGGCCUGAGGUCCAGACUUGCCCCUACAUUUGUCCCCAGCCCCCAGCUCUGCCCCCUCCUUGGGUUCAGCUCUCCAUAGGCCCCCACCCAUCCUCUUUAGCCUUUAGCUGGCCCUUAGGGCCAAGACCCCCGAGGCCCAGAGCUCAGACUCACACUCAGACAUGAUGUACUCCUCAGAGCUCAAAGCGUCUGGAUUUCCCCACGAACACUGCAGCAGGAGAAGGAACCCAGCGGGGCCUGGCCUGGGCUGCCUGCUGCCUCAACUCUGGCCCUUGUGAUGCUGACAUGAGGAUCUGCUCCAGGUCAUAGGGCACCAGACAAACAGCUGGACUCAGUUUCUUUUUUUUUUGAAACAGAGUCUCACUCUGUUGCCCAGGCUAGAGUGCCAUGGCAUCAGCC